AUGUCCAAUCAAAUGGAACUUAUGAUGCAGCUUUAUAUGAUGAAUCUGCUGCAGCAACAGCAGCAGCAGCAGCAACAACCUCAGCAACAACAACAACAGCUGACGGGCUUUGAUUACACACAGAAAGAGGAUAUCAGCAGCAGCACUUGUUUGCAACAGCAGCAAUAUCAGCAGCAACAACACCAUCAGCAACAGCAACAACAGAUGAAAAGAACGCAAAAACGAACAAAUUCGCAAAACACGAACUGUAGUAGUAGCCGUAGUUGUAGUCCCAAUAGUAAUUUGAAUGCUUUAUCCACACAACAACAAUAUGAACAACAUGCUACAACUCUAAUAACACCAACAACACCUAACAACAAUAUGAACACAAACAUUGCCUAUCAGUUGCCACAAAUGUUGCUCGGCACUCUGUCCCCAUUGGCACAGUAUAUGUUGCAACAACAACAACUGCAGCAGCUGCAGCAGCAACAGCAACAUUUGCUGACAACAUCAGCAACAACAACAGCAAAUCUUUUACUAACACCUAACACGCCCAGCUCCACACCCCUUUACCCAAACUCCCCACUUAAAAACGCUGAGCAAUUUACCACAAAUAACUUUUUGCAAUCCUCCACAGUGACAUCAACGCCAAAUGAACAAGCAGCAGCAGCAGCAGCAACAGCAGCAGCAGCAGUAACAACAGCAGCAGCAGCUAGCAGCAAUCUUUCGGCAGUCACUGUUAAAUAUGAGCAGGAUUUACAUUAUGAUGAUGAGGAUGAGAAGCCGUUGUCCAGCUUGACCAGCUGCAGCUCCUCGGGCAUGGUCAGCACCAAUGAUACCAGCGCCAGCACCGAGAAGUUGCUGCUGUUGUCCGGCGUACAGCCGCUGGAGAGCACGAGCACCACCGACAGCAAUGACUCGCCCAGCAUGUACACGCCCGUCAAGCAGCCAGCGGACUCAUCUUACAAUGUCGUUAGCUCCAUCGAUAAUGAGUCAACACUUGGCACGCCUCUGGGUCAAAGCAAUUCGCUGUUGACGCCACCGGCAUCGAGUGACCAGAGCAAGGGCAUUGUUAGCCUGACCACGGCCAGCAGCUUGGAUGCCUUUCUGCAGAACGAGGAGAAUCUGAAGAAUCUGCGCAAGGUAUCCUCGUAUCUGGAGUGCGAGAAUACUUUAUGUCGACAGGAGACGCUCCGUGAGCAUUUCCAUUGCUACGAUGAGCCCUGUCAGGGCAAGAUCUUGAGCAAAAAGGAUGACAUCAUUCGGCAUCUGAAAUGGCACAAGAAACGCAAGGAGAGCCUCAAACUGGGAUUCGCCCGCUUCUCCUCCGCCGAUGACUGCGCCCCCGCCUAUGGUGAGGGAUGUGCCUACAACUGGAAGCAGACCCACUAUCACUGUGUCUACGAGCACUGCCCCAAGGUCUAUGUGAGCACCAGCGAUGUCCAGAUGCAUGCCAAUUUCCAUCGCAAGGACUCGGAGAUUGUCAAUGAGGGAUUCCGUAGGUUUCGCGCUCAUGAGAAUUGCCGCAUCAAGGAUUGCCCCUUCUUUGGCAAGAAGAUAUCGCACUAUCAUUGCUGUCGCGAGGGCUGCAAUCACACUUUCAAGAACAAAGCUGAUAUGGACAAGCACAAGACAUAUCAUUUGAAGGAUAAUCAGUUGACAAAGGAUGGCUUCAAGAAGAUACUCAAAACGGAGCAGUGUCCUUUUGAAUCCUGCAAGUACUCCACGGUCUGCAAUCACAUACACUGUGUCCGCGAGAACUGCAACUACAUCCUGCAUUCGAGCAGUCAAAUGAUCAGUCACAAGCGGAAACAUGAUCGUCAGGAUGGUGAGAAGGCCUAUCAGCAGUUCAAGGGCAAACAGGAGGACAUGGAGGAGGCCAACUCCCUGGAUGCCACACCGCAACCAGCCGCUAGUCAACCCACCUUUGGGAAUAGCAACAGUGCCACCUCCACGCCUCUUUCUUCGCUCUCCGCGGAGCAUUUCCUGGCACGCAAAAGGGGUCGUCCGCCCAAGAUGAUUCCGCUGCCCGCCAAUGCUCAACAAUCGGAGGCGAAGCGUCUUAAACUGGAGGACACUGACAGCAAUCCUGCGCCGCCUUCAGCGAAUAGCAAUCCUUUGAGCAGCACAUUGUUUCCCAGCAUGUUGCCAAACUUUGGUGCCGCUGCCGCCGCUGCAGCUGUCGCAGAUGCAACAGCGCCAAAUUUCCAGCUGACCCAUCUCAUGGCGCUCUUCCAGCUGCAGAACCCGCUCUUCUAUCAGAAUCUAUACCCAGGCGCUGCAGCGUCCAAUAUGCUGGCCGUGCCACAAAACGCGUCCAUGCUUAACAAUUUGGCCGCUUACAGUGCGGCGGCAGCUGCGGCAGCGGCGGGCGUGCAACAGCCAAAGACAGAGUUUAGCAUUAAGCCCGAGUUCAAAGAGUAGAUCGGAACGUCCGGCGGAUCAACAGAUGUACAUAGAUAUAGUCUUAGUUAAUACAGCAGACUGACUGAGUUGGACGCUUUAUUAGACAGAGGCAGGCGGGUAGUUAACGGGCUAACGGGGAACUGUUGUUGCGUGGCCAGGACGUUCCUUAACCCCUCCCCCCACACAAAAGCCAACUCAGCUGCAUUUUAAUUUGGUGUUUAAGCCACAGACAAAAUGUUGCUGAAUUCGCUUUUGUUAUUAAUUGUUUCAUAUUUUUCUAAGUAUUUUUCUUUUUUUUUCUAGCUUAAUAAA